UCUCCGAGACGGCACCUCAAACAGGUUCACUUCAAUGUAGCCGGCAUGGCCGGCCUUGAGCUUGCGGGCGCCUAGCAACCGAGAAACGCGCUUUUUUAUAUAUAUAUAUAUAGCUGCGAAAGCAAGCCUCGCGCGUGCGCAGGACGCUCAAAAUAUUCGGGCAGUUCGCGCCAUCCUCUCAACGUGCCUGAACUUGCCUGCAAAACGCGAAAGCACGUGGAGUGCGCGAAUGCGCUGGCCAGUGGGGGUGCUGCUUAGUUUCGUGUUUUUGUGUACAUGUGCGAGGAAGUGAACUGAUAGUCAUCCCAGUGAACAUGACUGGCUCCAUGGACGACGAGGCAGGGCCUAAUCGUCGCGGUCGUCGUUCGAGACGAGGCGCAUUUGUGAACGACGACGAUGAAACAGCGACGGGACAUCGUCGGCCGCGGAACUCUGCGAGCACAAAGAAAAAUAGUGAUGCUGACAGAAGCGCAAAGAAAAGCUCAAGGAAAUCGGCCAACGAGAAAAAGUCGACCGUCGGUGUGAUUAAUGCUCCGCCAAAAAGAAAGGACAAUCUCGUGCAGUGCCUAAACAACAGUUUUUUGAGGGACAGAUCCAGCCACCAGCAACUUUGCAAGAUGAAGAGGCACCUGCUGGCCCGGGAAGUGCUGGGCUUCACACUUGCCAAUUUGCCUGUGCCGGUGUUCACGGAGUCAGCUCGAGUCACAUGUCUCCAGUGGCACCCAACCCGUCCAAACCUUCUCGCAGUAGGAUCCAAGAAUGGCGAGAUUGUCCUGUGGAAUGCCUGGGACCCCAAAAAGAAUGCUUCCACACCACCGACGGGCAGUGGCUCAGCUGUGGCAGCCAUCAAGUUCCACCCUGAGAAUGCUUCACUGGUAUACACUGCCACACUGCUCAGCCGAGUAAUGCUGCAGGACUUCGGAGGAGCUGAGCCGCAGGUGUUUUGGGACACAGAGUCCGAGAGGGUGUGGUUUACUGCCUUAGAUGUUUUGCAUGAGAGGAAGAUGGUAUUAGCUGGAGACAACAUGGGCAGCAUUUAUGCAUUCAGCACUACCGGCGAGUUGAUGUGGCCUCAGGCCAGCCGUCUCCAUAAGGGCAAGGUGAAGUAUCUGGAAUUUGUGGGCCAAGGCUCAGAUCUGCUGAUAUCGGCAUCUGUGGACCAUACUGUUCGCAUCUGGGAUGUGCGCAAGUUGGGAGGCCCCAAUGACUUCCUCAUAGCACUGCCCCACACGCAGGGAGUGAACUCUGCCUAUGUGAGCCCAUCAGAUCGGAGCUCACUGCUUACCACAGACCAAAAAAAUGAGCUGCGUGUGUAUCGUGGCCCUGCUUGGCAAGAACCACUGGUAAUACCACAUCCACAUCGACAGUUCCAACACCUUACACCCAUACAGGCCAGUUGGCAUCCUUUGGAGAACCUCAUAGUGGUGGGACGUUACCCAGACAAAAACUUCAACGCCAAUGACACUGUGCGUGGCAUUGAUGUCUUUGAUGGCAGCACAGGAGAAUCCCUCGGGAAAGUGCAAGGGUCCCUGGAUGUGCCAGGCAUUUGCUCGCUUACUGCUUUCAGUUGCUCGGGGGAAGUUUUGGCUGCUGGUACAGGUUUCCACACAGUAAUCUUCCAAGCAUCAUCGGAGGAGUGAACAUCUCCUGCACGAAAAUCCACCUCAGGGAUAGCAUUUUAUCAAUAUUAAGCCAUUUUUUUAAGUGUACAAUUUUAACAUAAUGUAAAUAUCAUACUUAAUAAUUCCCAGUGACACUGCAUGUAUAGUGUUUUAUCACCAUUUCUUUAUAAAGGAAGCUUGAGAUUGGA